AUGGCGGAUGCGGCAAUUGAACUGCCGUAUCUGUCUUCGCAUUAUGCGAUCCCAGAAGCUACCCUCUCCACGUUGACUGAGGCCCCGACCGUCGACCUGGUUAACCAACUUCUACAAUCGAUCACAAAGAAGGCGCAUGAAUACGAUGAGCUCAAAUCUGACAAGCUUCGCUUGGAGGUUGAGCUUGAGAAUGCCGUGCGCUCCAAUGAGUCGAGGGUGAAGGUGUUGAAAACAAAUGUGGAAAAGGAACAAGCGGAGGUCCAAGAUCUAAGGAAGAAACUGCACGAAUCUGAAAACACGCGCUCAACCUUGGAGUCCGAGAUUUCGCUGCUCAAAUCGUCAUCCACCUCAAAUGAGACCGAGUUCAACUCACUCAAAUCACGCAUCUCGACCCUCGAAUCUGAAAAUCGUGAAAGCCUUGCGUUACUUGAAUCCAAGUCUUCCGCGCACGACAAGCUAGCUGAGGAGCUCUCAGCCCAACACAAGAAGACUAUUGAGCUGCGCCGUGAACUCUCCACUGCCGAGCAGAACCUUCAGGCCGCCAACUCGGCCUCAGCAAGUGCACGAUUCCGCGAACAAAAUCUCCAGCAAGAAUUGGAUCUUACCAAGAAGAACAAUGAAUGGUUCGAGACCGAGCUGAAGACCAAGAGUGCAGAAUACACCAAGUUCCGCAAGGAGAAGACUGCGCGAAUCUCCGACCUCCAACGUGAAAAUGAGGAGGCGGUAACCACCAUCGACUCUCUGCGACGUAGCGAGAACUCUCUCAAGGCUCGUCUCGACGAAACCGAGCAGCGCUACGAAGAGUCCCUCGUCAGCAUCAACCAGCUGAAGGAAAAUGCGAUACAAGCCGAAGAGACAUUCCGAAUUGAGCUUGAGACUGCCAACCGACUUGCUAAUCUGCAAGAAUCAUCCGCCAAUUCUGCGAAGCAACGUGCGCAAGAGUGCCAGAUCGCGCUGGAGAAUGCCAAGCAUGAAGCUGCGGAGGAAAUUUCUCGCCUGCGUGUCGAGAUGGAGGCGGAGCAUUCUGACAAGGAGGCUGCUGAGGCUCAUGUGACAGAGCUCGAAAGGACAGUCGCUCAACUUGAAUCUCAAGGCUCCCGAAAUCGGUCUGCUAGCCCUGCUCCUUCUCUUAAUGGAGCGGGACCAAGCACACCUAUGCGUCCAGGAACUCCUGGUAGUACUUUCUCACCAAGAACUUCUCGUACUAAGGGUGGCCUGUCACUCACUCAGAUGUACACCGAAUACGACAAGAUGCGGACUCAGCUGUCCGCUGAGCAAAGGACGAAUCAAGAACUCCGUUCUACUCUGGACGAGAUGCUCCAAGAGCUCGAGUCUACCAAACCAGAAAUCGACGACCUUCGGAGUGAUCACAAACGCCUCGAAGAUGCAGUCAUGGAUUUGUCGGGCCUUUUGGAAACAUCUGGGAAGGAACGUGAUGAUGCCAUCAAGGAGGCAAGGAAAUGGCAGGGUCAGGUUGAGGGUCUUACUCGCGAGGGGGGUAUUCUUCGCCAACAACUCCGGGAUCUUAGCGCUGAGGUUAAGGUUCUUGUCCUGGAAGUGGCUAUUGCCAAGCAAGGCGAGAACUACGAUCGUGCAGAGCUCGAGAAGAUUGCUCGCAACGAAAUCGAAGAAUCUGCGGCAGAGCUGAACGAAACUGGUCGUUUCAUUAGCCGCAACCUGGUCACUUUCAAGGAUCUCCAUGAACUCCAAGAGCAAAACCUUACGCUCCGACGUAUGCUGCGGGACCUCGGGGAUAAGAUGGAAGGCGAGGAAGCCCAAGCCAAGGAUGCUAUUCGUCAACAGGAAGCGGAGGAAUUGAAAGAAUUGAGAAUCCGAGUCCAGACCUAUCGCGACGAGAUUGCCAAUCUUGUUGCACAGACGAAGAGCUACGUGAAGGAACGCGAUACGUUCCGAAGCUUGCUCACCCACCGUCGCCAGACCGUUGGAGGGGAUACCUCUUUCUCUCAAUCUGUCCCUCCGGGUGCUGCUCCCCCAGGUGCUUUUGAUAGCCAAGUCAAGGACACCACGGACUACGCCGACCUCCUCCGCAAGUUGCAAGCUCAUUACGACACUUUCCGCAACGAGACACUCACAGACCACUCCUCCCUGCGCCAACAGGUCAACGAGCUCUCGCGGAAGAACAGUGAGCUUAUGAGUGAGAUCAGCCGUUCUAACAGUCAGCUUGCUGCGGCGUCACAACGUGCCGAACUUCUGCAAACUAACUUUAAUAUGCUGAAAAAUGAUAAUAGCGAGAUUCAAAAGCGCUAUUCUACCCUGUUCGAGAAUUCCAGCAGACAGGAACUUCGAGCUCAGCAAGCUGCUGAGGAUCUUGUCGAGGCUAAGGGUCUUGUCGAUAGUCUGCAGCGAGAAAACUCCAACCUCAAGGCCGAGAAGGACCUUUGGAAAAGUAUCGAAAAGCGCUUGAUUGACGACGUUGAGAGCCUGCGGAAUGAGCGCGGCCGCCUUGACUCCUUGAACGCAAAUCUGCAGACAAUUCUCAACGAGCGUGAGCAUGCCGAAUCCGAGAGCCGUCGCCGACUCCAGUCAAGUGUGGAAGCACUCGAAUCCGAGCUUCAAUCCACAAAACGGAAGCUCAACGACGAAACUGAAAGCUCCAAGCAAGCUGCCCUGCGUCGAGACUACGAUAAGGAACAGUCUCAGAAGCGGAUUAAUGAUCUGGUUACCAGCCUGAGCUCAGUUCGCGAGGAAUUGGUCGCGACCAAGACUACGAGAGACCACCUUCAAUCGCGCGUGGACGAGCUUACUGUCGAGCUGAAGAGUGCAGAAGAGCGUCUUCAGGUUAUUCAAUCACGACCGAGCAUUUCUGCAGCCCCGACAGAGACCCCGGCCGUUACGGACGAAGCUGGAGAUGGCAGUGGCCUCAGUCGCGAACAGGAGCUGCUUAUGGAAAUUUCCGAACUCAAGCGUGAUCUGGAUCUUGCGAAGGGUGAACUUGCUCAUUCCAAGGAACAAGUCGAAGAAUACCAGGCUAUCAGCCAGUCGACCGAGGAACGCAUGGAGUCAGAAGCUGAAACUCACGCGCAAUACCGCGAGGAGACUGACCGGCUUAUCGAGGAGAAGGAUAAGAAGAUCCAAAAUCUUGAGGGCCGGAUUGAAGAGAUAUCUACUGAGCUGUCCGCCACCAACACGGAGAUUUCGAAGCUUCGUGAUGAACAGGGUGAAGCGACACGUCAUCUGGAAGAGCAGAAGGCGAAUUUGGAAUCGGAAAUUACCCGUCUGAAGGAUGACAACGAAAGACACGUCGCCACAGCUCAGUUCCACCAAGAGGACCUAAAGGCACAGGCUGAGAUUGCGCAAAAUGCGCAGCAAAACUAUGAAAGAGAACUUGUCAAGCAUGCUGAGGCUGCGAAGAACGUCCAAACUGUCCGCGCCGAAGCCAACCAAUUGAAGCUUGACGUAACUGAGUUGCGCACUCAAGUUGAGACUUACAAGAAGGACCUUACCCAGAAAGAAGAGAGCUGGGCUGAGCAGAGGGCAAGAUAUGACGGCGAACUCGCUGAGCUGCACAAACGCCGGGAGGAGGUCAAUCAUCAAAACUCUGUCCUCCACAUCCAGCUUGAGAAUAUCAGCACCCAGAUUGCUGCUCUUCAGCGUGAUCGUGCCGGCAUCGCUGAUAUUGAUGGGCAAGACGGCGAGCAGUCGGCUCCUAACCUGGAGGGUCUGCAAGAGGUUAUCAAAUUCCUUCGACGUGAGAAAGAGAUCGUCGAAGUCCAAUAUCACCUCUCUACCCAAGAAGGCAAGCGGCUCCGCCAGCAGUUCGAGUAUACUCAAGCCCAACUUGACGAGACUCGACUCAAGCUCGAACAGCAACGUCGCGCCGCUGCAGAUAACGAGCACAAUGCUCUCAACCACAACAAACUCAUGGAAACUCUCAACGAGCUCAAUCUGUUCCGCGAAAGCAGCGUCACUCUUCGUAACCAGGUCAAGGAGACCGAAGCUGCUCUUGCAGAAAAGUCCGCUCGCCUCGAUGAGCUUACUCAACAAAUCGAGCCUCUGGAGACCAAGAUCCAUGAAUUGGAGGGUGUUGUUGAGGCCAAGGAUGGUGAGAUACGGUUGUUGCAAGCAGACCGCGACCACUACCAGAAACGUGUGCAGAACAUUCUGCAGAAGUAUGACCGCGUCGACCCGCAGGAAAUGGAGGCAUUGAAUGAGAAACUGGCCACCCUCCAGAAAGAGCGCGACGAGGCCAUCUCUGCACGCGACGAGGCUAUCUCUGCUCGCGAUACCCUCCAAUCCGCGGCUGAAUCAGUCCCAGAACAACUCAAAGCCGCGGAGCAGACGACGGAAACUCGCCUCGCUGAUCUGCGGAAGCGACUUGGCGAGCAAUUCAAGAGCCGUUCUAGGGAGCUUACUGCACGGAUCAAGGCCAUUACGGAGGAGAAGGAGGUUCUGCAGGGAGAGUUGGCUACUACGAAGGCAGAGCUAGAGACAGCCAAGACCAAGGCUUCGGAAGCCGCGGUCGAACCAGCGACUACAUCGCCGGCGCCAGUUGCUGACGAGGCUGCACCGGUGAACGCAACCCCCGCCUCUCAAUUCCCGACGGCAACCACCACUGUCAUAACAUCUGGCGACGAUCAGAAGAUCAAGGAGCUGGAAGCGAAGAUCCAACGCUUGGAAGCGGCUCUGGCUGAGAAGAAUGCCCUUCUGGCUGCCAAAGAUACCGAGCUGGAUGCCAAGGUCAAGGAACGUGCGGACAAGCUCAAAGACUCUUACAACACCAAGUUGGCCGAAAUCAAAGCCAACCACCGCCAAGAACUCGAAAAGCUAUCCUCCGGAGAGCUCACCACCCCUGCCACCCCUGGUGCAGGCGCAGAACCAACACCCGCUACGCCGUCCAAGAGUGGUGUUAAUCUUCCCACCCUUACUGAUACCCAGGCCCGUGAGCUUGUUGCGAGUAAUGAAACUAUUCGCACCAUUGUCAAGAACAAUAUCCGUACGAUGGUCAGCAAGAAUGAAGAUAAGGCGAAGCAGGAAGCCCAGGCAGCUGCAAAGACCCAUGAAGAGACUCUGGUCACGCUAAAGAAGACCCACGAGGAGGAACUGAGUGAGAAGGUCAAGUCUGCUGUGCAGCUUUCUGACAAGAAAUCAGCGGCUCGGAUUAGCAUGCUCGAUACUCGCCUCAAGACCUCACUUGCGAAGAUUGAGGUCGUUUCGAAGGCUGCUGAGGAAACUCCGCAAAAGCCUGUUGUCGAAGUCUGGGAGGUAGCCAAGACAGCGCGACCUCCGCCUCAAGCUCCCAAGCCUGUAGCGGCAGCAUCGCCGGCCCCGCCUGCCUCUCCUGCCCCGGCCGCUCCUUCCACAGCACCGGCUGUGGCAAUCAGCCCGGCACCUGCAGCUCCUGCUCCUGCAGCAGCUCCCACUCCUGCAGCCGAGCCAGCUGCCGUGCCCGCGACGGACGCUACUGUCCCCGAGGCCACUGCACCUGACGGACAGCAAGUCCAGUCAGGGGGUGCUGAUACAACAGCUGCAGCACCUUCCAAUCCAUUCGGCCAAAUCCAACAGAAUGCCCAGCAAAACAAGCAGCCUCCCUCGCUGCCGACCAAACCACCCGCAGGCACGGCUCCGGGUAUGCUGAGAGCAUUGCAGUCAGGACUUCCUGUUGCUCGUGGAGGCCGUGGUGGUCGUGGCGGUGGCCAACAGAAUCCCUUUGGACAUGCCCAGCAGCAAGGCCAGCAGCAGCAACAAGGCGAUCAACCACAAGCUCAGGGCCCAGCCCAGAGCCAACGUGGUGCUGGUGUCCCUAGAGGCCGCGGUGGUCGCGGAGGCCAGGGUCGUGGCGGAAACCAGAACCAGAAUCAGAACCAGCCUAGCCCCACAGCCAACCGCGGAGCUCUGAACGUUCAAGCCCGCCAGUUCAUCCCUCAGGGCAACAAGCGUUCACGCGAAGAUGGAUCUGACGCAACCAAUGAAACAAGCGGUGGCAAGCGUAUGAGGGGCGGCGGUGCAUCAUCCUAG